AUGGUACAUUGCAAAGAUGCAUGUAAUUUGUCAAGUGAGCAUCUAUACUGGGAUGAGCCCCAAAAACGAGAGGACAAGUUUGUGGCGUCAGGAAAGAGUGUGUCUUGCCGGAUGUGUGGCAGGAGUUUUGGAACCAUCCACAGCAGGGAGCAGCAUGAGAGGCAAGAGCAUCAUUUUACAGCCAGCCAAAGAGCAAGAAUGUCAACAGCAUUCUCCCCAGACACUAUACUGGAUCAAAGAAGUCCACAGCUCUUACAGAAAUUCAUGGAAACAAACCUUCGACCACAAAUGGGACUUUUGAGAGUGGCUUGUGCAGAGGAAGUAGAAAACCUCAUUGACUUAAUUCAAAAAUGCUGUCCCAUAUCAGUGACUCGACUCAUCAAGGGUGGCUCUUACUUCAAAGGGACUGACACCAGGAGUUGGUCUGAUAUUGACGUUGUGAUAUUUAGUUCUUCAUUUUUGAGCAUCGAUGACUGCAAAGAGAAAAUAUCUUCCAUGCUAUGUGGGCUGGAGAAUAAUUUGAAGAUAUCUGUGAUGACGAAUAGGAUAUUGAUAGAAAGGAAGGCUUCACUUUCCCUUCGAUUUCAAUUCAAGUGUUUCAAAGAUCUACACAUUCACCACUUUGAUGUCAUGCUUUGCUAUGAUUUAUUAGGACCUAUUGCAUCCCAAGAUGCUAAAAGGAACUUAUAUCGACAACUAUACAAUUGUGGGGAUGAUGUAAAAAUUCAGCUUUAUUCAAUCUCUCUGCUGAAAUACCAAGUGGAUUUUGUAAAGGCAUCUACUUUAGGUGUGAAGGAUCUGAUUCGUCUGGUUAAACAUUGGUUUAAGACUUCAGUCGCUAAACCCACAGAGGCUAAUAGAUUUCGGAGGCUGCCUUCUUCUUAUGCCAUGGAGCUUAUUACCAUCUAUGUUUGGCAGUUGGCAGGAAAGCCCAUAUUUUUUAGUUUAGUUCAAGGUCUCCGAGCAGUACUCAAAUUCCUAGUGAAUUGCAGAGAUAUUUUCAUCAUCUGGUGUGAUCACUAUGACAAAAACUUGUCUAUUGUGAAGGAAGUUCUUCAGAAACAAACCAGACCUUUUAUUUUGGAUCCAGUUAACCCUACAUUCAACGUGUGUGAAAAUAGCAAUGCGUGGGAUGAAGUGACUCAUGUGGCUCGUCAAAGUCUACUGAAGCCACUUCUCAGUGGAGUGCAAGCUAAGGCUCCAUGGCUCUUCACUAAUAAUUGGUGA